ACAUCCUGGUACCAGGAUACUCAGAAGGACUGGGCUUCUGCUGAGAGUGAUUGCAUUAGUUUAGGUGCAAAUCUGGCCUCCAUCCACAGCAGCAGUGAGCACAGCUUCCUCAAGGCCCUGGUCAGGAGUAAGAAAGGAUCGUACCAGAGAACCUGGGUCGGAGGCCACGAUGCUGUCCGGGAGGGUGUGUGGCUGUGGAGUGACGGGUCAAAGUUCGACUACACCAAGUGGGGCAGUGGGGAACCGAACAACCUUGGUGGAAAAGAACACUGCAUGGAGAUCAACCUGAAAGGAUCAGCUCUGUACAUAAACGAUGAACCCUGCACCACAAGUAGUUUCUUCAUCUGUGCCAAAAAACCCUAACUCCUCCUUCCUCUUCCUGAGAAAUCCAACAUGACCAUGUGACCUUCUCACUGGUGAUGUCACUUCCUCCAGGAUGUCAGGCCUCGAUGGCGUCGCUGCUGGAGGAUACAAGGAUAAAAUCUAAUUUCAAAUAAAUCUAUUGCAUGAAACA